UUCCGUACCCGUGGAAUCUAAUCAUGCCUCCAGAUUAAGUGUUUUUAUUUAAAUGUAUUGAUUAAGGUUGCGUUGAUUUCUUAUGUUGCUCCUCGCAGUUGGCAUCACUUCAGCCUUCAGGGUGAAAGACUGAUCCUAUUGCUCAAAAAGGUUGGCCACUUGACAAGACAUGGAACAAGUGCGCCUCCCUUCCCUAGUUAGGCGUAUUCAUUGUUAGGGGUUUGGGUUUGGCUGAUUUAAAAAAGGCAAGCCUGGUCCGAAGUUGAUCAGUCUGCUCAGAAAACUUCUCCGGAUGGGAAAGUAUUGGAAUCGGUUUCAAAGGGGGGAAAAUCCAGGUUUUGUGUAAAGAAUUGCAUUGCAGCCAGAGAGGACAUCACUUCUGUCAAUUAAGAAAAACAAUAUUGCACCCCAAAGUGUAGACUUUAGGUGAUAUUUUGACUUGUUCUGUGAAUACUUUUUAUUUGUAAAGAAUAUAUUUGUUCCGUUUAUUUUGACUGAAGUGUGCUGAAAGCACUCUCUCCAUUUGGAUGCGGACUGGUUUGAAAAUUUAUAAAUAGGAUCAUUUAACGCACGGGCAUUGCCUGUCAAUUUUAUUCACAUUUGGUGUUUGUCAAUUGCAAGACAAAUAUGUUUCUCAGUUUUUGUCUACUGGUGACAUUUUUCUUGGGGCUGACCGGGUGCUUUGGCUCAUAUGUACCCUGCGAGCCGUGUGACCAGAAGGCGCUCUCUAUGUGCCCCCCGGUCCCCGUCGGUUGUCAACUCGUGAAGGAGCCUGGCUGUGGUUGCUGCCUAACCUGUGCCCUAUCGGAAGGUCAGGCGUGCGGUGUUUACACCGGAACAUGCACCCAUGGCUUGCGCUGCUUGCCGCGGAAUGGAGAGGAGAAGCCCCUUCACGCGCUCCUCCAUGGCAGAGGGGUGUGCACGAACGAGAAAGGAUACAAACCCCUCCAUCCACCCAUAGAUCAUGAGUCUCUGGAACACGAGGACACCCUGACCACUGAGAUCACGGAGGACCAACUGCAGCCCGCCAAAGUGCCGCUCCUCCCCAAGCAGGACCUCAUCAACAGCAAGAAGAUCCAGGCAAUGCGCAAGGACAAGGACCGCAAGCGGGCACAGGCCAAACUGCGCUCCAUUGGCCCCAUGGACUACUCCCCACUACCCAUUGACAAGCAUGAGCCAGAGUUUGGUCCUUGCAGGAGGAAGCUGGAUGGGAUCAUCCAGGGAAUGAAGGACACAUCCCGUGUCAUGGCCCUGUCCCUGUACCUUCCCAACUGUGACAGGAAGGGCUUCUUCAAACGCAAACAGUGCAAGCCCUCUCGCGGCAGGAAGCGGGGCAUCUGCUGGUGCGUGGACAAGUACGGCUCGCAGGUACCAGGCACAGACUACAGCGGGGGAGACAUCCAGUGCAAGGACCUGGAGAGCAGCAGCAUCAACGAGUGAAUAGGCGGCUCCACCCCCGCCCCGAUCACCUGACCCAGGGCCCCACCUCCUCCUUUCCCUCCCACCUGUCUGCUUCGCCCUCCAGUCACUUUUUGAGAUUUUCAAUAUGAAAAAAUAAGAACACUAAACAAAUCAAAUGAACGAACGAACGAAAGGACAGGCUUGAAAAAAGGACACCUGAAAUCUUUAUUUUUUUUGACCGUGCGCUCAUCUCUUAAAAGACGGAACCCAGCAGGUUUAAGCCCUUGUUUGACCCUCGGGCCCCUCCCCCACUAAGAGCUGGGCUCUAGCCCCUCCCCCACUAAGAGCUGGGAGCCUCACUAACGAUUCAUGAAAAUAUAUACUUGUAUUGAUAUAUUUUUAUAGAAGCACCAAACUUUGUAUCAUUUAACGCUAACAUAAAACGGAUUAAAAAAAUUAAAAUAAGUCACGUUGAUUAUAAACAGGACUGUUUUGGUCUUUCACAUCUAUUGCUAUUGAGGUUUCAGAGGACAUAGCUGGACCUUCUAUUGAGGUGUCAGAGAAGAUAGCUGGACCUUCUAUUGAGGUGUCAGAGGAGAUAGCUGGACCUUCUAUUGAGGUGUCAGAGAAGAUAGCUGGACCUUCUAUUGAGGUUUCAGAGGACAUAGCUGGACCUUCUAUUGAGUUGUCAGAGAAGAUAGCUGGACAUUUUAUUGAGGUGUCAGAGGAGAUAGCUGGACCUUUUAUUGAGGUGUCAGAGGAGAUAGCUGGACCUUCUAUUGAGGUGUCAGAGGAGAUAGCUAGACCUUUUAUUGAGGUGUCAGAGGAGAUAGCUGGACCUUCUAUUGAGGUGUCAGAGGAGAUAGCUAGACCUUCUAUUGAGGUGUCAGAGGAGAUAGCUGGACCUUCGAUUGAGGUGUCAGAGGAGAUAGCUGGACCUUCUAUUGAGGUGUCAGAGGAGAUAGUUGGACCUUCUAUUGAGGUGUCAGAUAAGACAGCUGGACCUUCUAUUGAGGUGUCAGAGGAGAUAGCUGGACCUUCUAUUGAGGUGUCAGAGGAGAUAGCUGGACCUUCUAUUGAGGUGUCAGAGGAGAUAGCUGGACCUUCUAUUGAGGUGUCAGAGAAGAUAGCUGGACCUUCUAUUGAGGUGUCAGAGGAGAGAGCUGGACCUUCUAUUGAGGUGUCAGAGGAGAUAGCUGGACCUUCUAUUGAGGUGUCAGAGAACAUAGCUGGACCUUCUAUUGAGGUGUCAGACAUAGCUGGACCUUUUAUUGAGGUGUCAGAGGAGAUAGCUGGACCUUCUAUUGAGGUGUCAGAGGAGAUAGCUGGACCUUCUAUUGAGGUGUCAGAGGAGAUAGCUGGACCUUCUAUUGAGGUGUCAGAGAACAUAGCUAGACCUUCUAUUGGCAGAGAAAAAAAAGAAACGUGAGAGGGUCAUGCUCUCUCUAUAUGGGUAUUUGGUUCUGUCAGAGCACUACAAUAAGGGAACCUGCUUGGAUACGUGUUACUAAGUUUGUGUGAGCAUGCAUGUGUGUGUGUGUGUGUGUGUGUGUGUGUGUGUGUGUGUGUGUGUGUGUGUGUGUGUGUGUAAGAGAAAGGGAGUGAGCUUAACACAAGAAUGACAAUUUUUUCCUCUCUCUCUCUUUUUUUCUUUUUACAACAACAAAAACAACAAUCUUCACGGCUGGUGCUUGAAGUAGUGUUGAGGAUGGCUUUCUCCCACUAGCCUAUGAAACAUAUGUCUAUGGGAAACGGAGAGUGUUUGACACAAUAAGCAGAUCAUUACAGACAAACCUUUGUAAGUGGCUCUUUGACUCUGAAGCUAUCCUGAUAUGCCAACUGUGCCUAUUGUUACCAGACACUGCCAUGCAGGGCAACACAGAACUUAAUGGAGAACACUGCCCCUACUGGUGAAGGGAAUACUGCCACAAAGUGCUCAUUCUGUCACCUGAUGCGAGCUCUGCUUGGCCCAACAACCGGGACUUAAAGAAUAGUGGGAUGAGGCUAAACAACCGUACAGUCCCCCAAUAACUAACACCAGUAAUCCUUUGUUUUGCUAAAGUAUGGGCAACAAUUGUGAGAAGAAGGAUAAAGCACGUUGCAGACUUGUAUUCACCAGUGAGGUUAGCUGUUUUCUUUUUGUGUCUCAGUUGCUCGAGGGUGUUAAUCUUGUGUGAUUUUGUUUGUACUGUUUCUUUUUGCCUUCAGUGAAGUAGUAACCGUCCACUUUUGAGCCGUGUUCCUUAACCAAGUGGUCCGUUGCCACGGCUACAGUGGAACCUUGGUGUAUUACUUUUGACUAUAAAUUAACUAAUGUUCUUUUAAAAAACAAAACAAAUACAAUGUACUGGUGCUUGGAAAAGGACGUGUGUAUUUUAGCCUGUAAACAAUUUGAAUGGUUCCAUGACGCCUGGCCAUCCUUAUUUGAAUAUGAAACAGUAAAAAAAAAGCUAUAUCCCAUCUAUAUACUUCCCCCUUCGCUUGCAUGCCACCCCUCCUUCUCGACAACUUGUUUUCAAUACAACACAACAUUACUUGCAUUGGAAAUGGUGAGCAGUUUUCCUUCCGCUCAAUGGGGGCAUCUUUGACCACUACCUGCAGGGUCAGUUGAAAGAGUAGUUUUAUGUUCAUCUGUCUGCAAGUCGCAGUGCCUUCCUACAUGCAAAUCCACAUUUGAAUAGUGACGCGAACGUGCCGUGGUAUCUGUCUAAGGGGCGGAAACCCUGCUGAGGCUGAGAGGUCCCCAGGGUAAUAGUUUUCUAGCCUGCCAUGACAAGAGGUCUAGGUGUAGUACAGAGAAGGUAACUCAAUGGGAUGUGGGAUAGCUCUUGUCAUCGUGCCACAAACACAUUAGGAAUUUGUUGCUGCUUAUCCCUCUCUGUGUAUGACUGUGAGGGCAAGGCAGACCAGAGGACCCGUUCUGUCUCUUAUUUUCAAAAAGCACCAAAAAGCUAGAAUAUUGCUUUCAAAGUUGACUGCCGAUGUAUUUGAUUGCCAGAGAAUAGGCAAGUGAUUGUUAGAAUUCCGAGGCACAUCAUCGUUGGGCACACAGACUAGCAAACUGCUGCCUCUCUCUCCCGGUAGUCGGAGAAGAGAUGGACGAGGCAUUACUAGCCAUCAGAUCCUAUUCCACAGCUUGAGUGUUCAUAGUUUCUCUAGCCAGGCAGACGGAGGCCA